AUGAGUUCAAAGAAUCACAGAAGGACAAGACUUAGGAGUAUCGAGGCUCCCCUCAGAAAUUCUUUUUGAGGUGAAACACUUCCUGACAUCAAAACAAUUCAUCGCAGGAGCAUUGCACGUGAAAAGAGAAUCAAUACUGCCAAAUUGAGAAUGAAACGUAGGAGCAUUGUAUGUUCAAUCAGACAAAAGAACCUUACCUGAACCAAACAGUUGUUCUCUCCAAAACCAAAGAAACUGGCUUUCUUUAGCAAAAAGAUUAAUUUAAUUCCAAACUUCUGGAAUAAAAAGAAGGCCAAAAAGAUGGUUCUAGAAAGAACCAUGAACUUGACAAAAGGGAAAAUUUUGAUUUGAAAAAGACAGACAGAAGGCGAAAGAAGAGAACAGAUUAAGGAGAUAUUUAACAGUAUGGAUGCCAAGUACUCCAAGUACAUUAAGCAAGACAUCCAGAGGAUGCAUAAGAUUGUUUUAUAA